CAAACUCCUCCUCUGUAUCUUUCCCUCUUCAUUUCUCUCUCUUAAACCCUCAAUUCUACGGCUGGGAUUGGGAAUCUUGUAUCAGGCAAUCGAACGGCUGAUUCACUUCAAGAAAAUUCACAUUUGGAGUCAAUUUUUGAACAACUGCUUUGGGAACAUUGUCCACUCCUCUUGAGGUUGGUGUGGGAGGUCUGGUUGUAGAUAGCGGUUAUGCCUGGGAAUAAGUACAACGGCAACACAUCGGUUCCAACAAGUCGUAUAGAGAGGCUUUUGAGAGAAAGAGAGCUAAGGAAGAACAGUAAAGCUUCUUAUUCUAAUGAAGUUACUGGCAAUGAUGCCUUUGAGUUUGAACCACGGUUAAAGGAAGGUGACAACCUUGUAGAACAGUAUCUUGAAGGAGCUUCAGCUGCACGUGAAGGAUGGGAAAAACCCGAUGGAGGGCUGUUUACGCAACGGCUUUUGGUUGUGGCUAAUAGACUGCCUGUUUCCGCUGUUAGAAGAGGAGAAGAGAGUUGGUCUUUGGAGGUUAGUGCUGGCGGCCUUGUUAGCGCUCUUCUCGGUGUUAAGGAGGUUGAAGCAAAGUGGAUUGGGUGGGCAGGUGUAAAUGUGCCAGAUGAACCUGGGCAGAGGGCACUCACUAAAGCAUUAGCAGAGAAGAGGUGCAUACCAGUUUUUCUUGAUGAAGAAGUUGUCCAUCAAUAUUACAAUGGCUAUUGCAACAACAUAUUAUGGCCUCUUUUCCAUUAUCUUGGUCUUCCCCAAGAAGACCGUUUAGCCACAACCAGAAGUUUCCAAUCUCAAUUUGCUGCAUACAAGAAAGCAAAUCAAAUGUUUGCUGAUGUAGUGAAUGAGCAUUAUGAAGAAGGUGAUGUUGUUUGGUGCCAUGAUUACCAUCUUAUGUUCCUUCCAAAGUGCCUAAAGGAUCACAAUAGCAACAUGAAAGUUGGCUGGUUCCUUCAUACGCCCUUCCCAUCUUCCGAAAUUCACAGGACAUUACCUUCUCGCUCGGAGCUUCUACGUGCAGUUCUUGCUGCUGAUUUGGUUGGUUUCCAUACCUAUGAUUAUGCAAGACACUUUGUUAGUGCUUGUACUCGUAUCCUUGGACUUGAAGGUACACCUGAAGGGGUAGAGGAUCAAGGGAGGUUAACUCGAGUUGCUGCGUUUCCAAUUGGUAUAGAUUCAGAUCGCUUUAUUCGUGCACUCGAGAAUCCUCAAGUACAAGAGCAUAUCAAAGAAUUGAAAGAGAGAUUUUCUGGGAGAAAGGUAAUGUUAGGAGUUGACCGCUUAGAUAUGAUCAAAGGGAUUCCCCAAAAGAUACUUGCAUUUGAGAAGUUUCUGGAGGAGAAUCAAUAUUGGCGUGAUAAAGUGGUUUUAUUACAGAUUGCAGUACCAACAAGAACAGAUGUUCCUGAGUAUCAGAAACUGACUAGUCAGGUUCAUGAAAUUGUGGGACGAAUAAAUGGAAGAUUUGGGACACUGACAACUGUUCCAAUUCACCAUCUGGACCGCUCUCUUGAUUUUCAGGCUUUAUGUGCACUGUAUGCUGUCACUGAUAUAGCAAUUGUCACAUCUUUGCGGGACGGAAUGAAUCUUGUCAGUUACGAGUUUGUGGCAUGCCAAGAUGCUAAAAGAGGGGUGCUGAUUUUAAGUGAGUUUGCAGGUGCUGCACAAUCCCUUGGUGCUGGGGCAAUUCUUGUUAACCCUUGGAACAUAACCGAAGUUGCAGCUUCAAUAGGCCAAGCUUUGAAUAUGACAGCCGAAGAAAGAGAGAAACGACAUCGCCACAACUUCUUGCAUGUCACAACCCAUACUGCUCAAGAAUGGGCAGAAACUUUUGUAAGUGAACUGAAUGAUACUGUAGUUGAAGCACAGCAAAGGAUAAGACAAGUUCCACCAGCACUGCCGGUUGAAGAGGCCAUCGAGUGCUAUUUGCAGUCAAGUAAUCGGUUGGUCAUACUGGGAUUCAGUGCUACAUUAACUGAACCAGUUGACACUCCUGAUAGACGCGGAGGUGAUCAGAUUAGAGAAAUGGAUCUUAAAUUGCACCCUGAAUUGAAGGAAUCACUGAUAAAGCUUUGCAACGAUCCGCAGACAACCGUUGUUGUCCUCAGUGGAAGCGACCGAACUGUAUUGGAUGAUAACUUUGGUGAGUACAACAUGUGGUUGGCAGCCGAGAAUGGAAUGUUUUUACGCUCCACUAGAGGAACCUGGAUGACGACAAUGCCCGAGCAUUCAAAUAUGGAAUGGGUCGACAGUGUAAAGCAUGUCUUUGAGUAUUUCACCGAAAGAACACCUCGAUCGCAUUUUGAACUUCGUGAGACCUCACUGGUAUGGAAUUACAAGUAUGCAGAUGUUGAAUUUGGGAGGCUUCAAGCCAGAGACAUGCUGCAGCAUCUGUGGACUGGCCCGAUAUCUAAUGCAUCCGUGGAUGUCGUUCAAGGCAGCCGUUCUGUCGAGGUCCGAGCAGCCGGUGUGACCAAGGGUAUCACAAUUGUUCGUAUUUUAGGCGAGAUAGUUCAUAGCAAAUCAAUUUCAUCCCCAAUCGAUUAUGUGUUAUGUAUCGGCCAUUUUCUGGGGAAGGAUGAAGAUAUUUACACCUUUUUUGAGCCAGAGCUUCCCUCUAACGGCAUGGGUAUUCCGAGGCCGAAGCUAAAUGAUGGCGCAAAGCCGAAGCCUCCCGGAGACCGAAAGGCCGGUAAAAGCGGGUGGAAAUCAUGUCAAAAACGACCGCCACAAAGUCCAGAUAACAAACGAACAAGUAACAAUAACAGAAACUAUGGUAGUGAGAAUGGCGGAAAACGAUCAUCGACGACCCCAGAUAAGGUAUCGUGGAACGUUCUUGAUCUGAAAGCGGAUAACUAUUUCUCGUGUGCGGUGGGGCGGACACGUACGAAUGCGCGGUAUCUGUUACCAACGUCGGAUGAUGUGGUAUCGUUUUUGAAGGAUCUUGCUCAAGCAUCUUGAAGAUGAGUAGUAGUAAUGUAGUUAGUGUUGGUAAUUAUUCAAUAUCAACUCCUUAAUUGAUGAUCGUUAGAGGAUUACUUCUUAGAUCAUUAAAUUUAAACCACUAUUAAUUUGCUUCAAUGCUAUUUGGUCCAUUA